GCGUUAAGAUCACACAUACUUCCUGCUUGUCCUCUUUUCCUCCCUUUGGGAGACGCAUGCGCAAGGCUGGUGUUCCUUCCAGUUUCCCAGAGUACUCAGCGCGGUGAAGAAGCGUCGGUCGCGGGCUGGAGGCAUUUUGUGUCCUGGAUAUCGGCUGCGAGAGAGGAAACGAGCGAGCGAGAGAGCGACAGACAGACAAGAUGGCGGCGGCCGAGUGAAGCGCCAGUUAGUGGCGGCGGAGGACGGACUCGCUUGGGCUUUUCUUUUCCCUCUUUCCCUCCCUCCCUCCCCUCCGAGACCCCCUUCUGUUCCUCAGAAGGGGAAAAGGCGCGCUGUCAGCCGGGAAAGUGCGUGGGACGUCCACCCUCCAGAGAGGCCUAGCGCGAUCCAGGCCGCCGAGAACGAAGCCCCUUCUCCUCCUUCAGUCCUCCCCUGUCCCGUCCCUAGCCGUGGUCGAGCAGGAGCUCCCCGUGGAAUACUCGCGGGCUCUCAAAACCGUGGGAAAUAACCCCUAUCCCCCCCCAUCCCCUCCGUCGCCAUGGCGAGCAGCAGCGGCUCCAAGGCCGAGUUCAUUGUCGGGAACAAAUACAAGCUGGUGCGGAAGAUUGGUUCGGGCUCCUUCGGGGACAUAUACUUGGCCAUCAAUAUCACCAACGGGGAGGAAGUAGCUGUGAAGUUAGAAUCACAGAAGGCCAGGCAUCCCCAGCUGCUAUAUGAAAGCAAACUAUACAAGAUUCUGCAAGGGGGAGUUGGCAUCCCUCAUAUAAGGUGGUAUGGUCAAGAAAAAGAUUACAAUGUUCUAGUCAUGGAUCUUCUUGGACCUAGUCUUGAAGAUCUCUUCAACUUCUGUUCUCGGAGGUUCACAAUGAAAACAGUACUUAUGUUAGCAGACCAGAUGAUCAGUAGAAUUGAAUAUGUGCAUACAAAGAAUUUUAUACACAGAGACAUUAAACCAGAUAACUUUCUAAUGGGUAUCGGACGUCACUGUAAUAAGUGUUUAGAAUCUCCAGUGGGGAAGAGGAAAAGAAGCAUGACUGUUAGUACUUCUCAGGACCCAUCUUUCUCAGGAUUAAACCAGUUAUUCCUUAUUGACUUUGGGUUGGCCAAAAAGUAUCGGGACAACAGAACAAGGCAACACAUACCUUAUAGAGAAGACAAAAAUCUCACUGGUACAGCUAGAUAUGCAAGCAUUAAUGCACAUCUUGGCAUUGAACAGAGUCGUCGUGAUGAUAUGGAGUCAUUAGGAUAUGUAUUGAUGUACUUUAACAGAACCAGCCUGCCGUGGCAAGGAUUAAAGGCUGCAACAAAGAAGCAGAAAUAUGAAAAGAUUAGUGAAAAGAAGAUGUCUACUCCUGUUGAAGUUUUGUGUAAGGGAUUUCCUGCAGAAUUUGCAAUGUACCUGAACUACUGCCGUGGCCUGCGCUUUGAAGAAGCUCCUGAUUAUAUGUAUCUGAGGCAGCUAUUCCGUAUCCUUUUCAGGACCCUGAAUCAUCAAUACGACUACACAUUUGACUGGACAAUGUUAAAGCAGAAAGCCGCACAGCAGGCAGCCUCUUCCAGUGGGCAGGGGCAGCAAACCCAAACCCCCACAGGCAAGCAAACUGACAAAUCCAAGAAUAACAUGAAAGGAGAAUCUAUACAGGACUCUGAUAACUGACUGCACACACCAUUUUCAAUCAUAACAUCAGUGCCUACCAUUUUAGAAUUACCUGAUUAAAAAUGUUUCAAUUACAUCAAAUAUGUCAGAAAAAAUAUUUGAAAAAAGAAAAGCUGGAAAAAGAAGAAUAAAAUUCUACUAUCCACAAAUAGGCAGAGAUAAAUUUAUGAUAACAGAUUACAGCAAGAGGUAAUUAAUGAAAACAGUGUCACUUUAUGCAGCAAAGUACGGAUGAGAACACAUCGUUGAUACAAUAUAGUCUCUGCCAGGAUGCAGCCUAUUAGAGCAAAACAAAGAUCAUAAGGAAAUUAUUGGAUAAAACGUGUAAGAAGAAAAUAGAAAAGUGUGCAAAUCUAGAAGGAACCACUAUUGGUUGAACUAUGUGACCAUAUUCACAAUAAUCCAGUUGUGUAUGUUUUUGAAUCAACAGAAAAAGAGGAUUGCUUCCUUACUUAAAUUAUUGAGGCAUAAAUGUAUAUAUUAUUGGAUGCUAGCAAGAAUUCCAAACUGUAAAAAUGUUUUUAUUAAAAGGCUAAUAUGCAUUUUUGUCAUAAUGAUACGAAGAUAUCAGGAUGAGAAGAGAUAAAGAAAUCAAGAAGACCAAAAUCAAUAAAAUACCACUUUGUGGAAUAUCCUUCAAGCUGCUUUUUGGAAUAUCCUUCAACUGUUCCAGAAGUAAGGAUAAUAAUGCUGAAAUCUGCAAAACAUCUGCUAUACAAUUACAAUUUGGCAACAGCUAUUCUGAAAGCAAGAGGACUUGAUUCUACCACAAGCCGUUCAGUAAUUCUAAUUAGUAAAUAUUGAAGUAUACAAAAGUAGAGAUUGAAAAAUUGUAUCCAGUUUUUUAAAAAGAUGGGGCUAAAGCAAACCUACAAACAUAUGCAGUCUCCCUUGGGCCUAUUCCCAUAGCUCUUUGAACUAAGUGCAAGGAAAUUAUUGUUUCAUUUUGGCUGUUUUGUCGAAGUGCGAAAGGAAUUGACCAAGAUUUUAAAUUAAAUUUUCCAAAGGCAGAGUUAAAUGCAGACAUUGACAUGACGUAUUUCCAGCUCACUUUCUUGUCAUUAUUUUCAGUAUUCAAUAUAGGAGAAAUAUUUUUAACAAAGAAUUGUUUAUGACAGGGAUAGCCAGCAAUAACCCAUCAAAAUGGCUGUAAAGCACUGAAGCGGUAUAUAAGUCUAAGUGCUAUUGCUAUUGCUAAAAUAUACCAAUUAUAAUUAAUUUCAUGCCUAGUCAGAUCUAUUUAAGGAACAUUUUUUCUUUAAAAAUUUUAAAAGCAAUACUCCUGCAUUCGAUUUCAGACUACUGAAAUGAUAAUCCAGUUAUCUAACAACAGUAUCCUCUUUCUCUGAACUUUUAAAGAAAAGUCUUUUCUUUCUUUGCAUUCAUUUUAAAUUCAGAAGUAAUUUGGGAUUUGAAAAGAGGAAAUUGGUUUUUUUCCAGUUUACGAAUCAGAGUGUUUUCACUUGGUUGAAAUUCCUGUUCUACUUGUUUAAAGCAGCAUUUUAUGUGUAUAAUUAACUGUUCAGAGAUACGUUACUUAAAUAAUGUCUGAAUUUAUUGAAAAUGAGGCUAAAACAAGUUAAUAUCACCUAAAUUGUAAAUAGUAGUGGUAGUAGAUAUUUUCCUAGUAACUAUGCCAAAAAAUCCUCUCAAAUGGCACAAAUUUGAAAGAAACAUCUUAUCUUGUAGGAAUAGGGAACGAGAGGGCUUAAUUGGAUAGAGGUGAAGAGAAGGAAGAAAGGUAUUUCCACCAGUGGAGUUGCAAAUGGAAGGAUUAUAUUGGAGAAGAAGGAAAAGGGCUGGAGUUGGAGACUUAUUGAGAUUGUGUUAGGCAGGAGAAAGUGUUACAUAAAACAAAUAGUACAAUAUUUAUAUCUUGGGGAAGGAGGUGAUGGUAGAAAGGGUGAAAGUGCAUGUAGUCCUUGACUUACAGCCACAAUUGAGCUUGGAAUUUCGGUCAUAAAUCACUGCAGUCAUUUAAGCAAGGCACCCAUGUGUUUGCCUUGCUCUGAGCUCUUGUCAUUGCGGUUCUGCCUCAGCAUGCAGGAAGCCCAGUUCCCCCUGCAUGCAGAAACUUGCCACAAGACUAGAAGCAUCAAUCAUCUAGGCCCAGGAGAAUGCCGACCUUUCUCCCUGUACCACCACUUCUGGGUCCACUUUUCAGAUGUUUCAGUGGGGUUUUUUUAAUGCCAUUUUUGGUUGGUUGGUUGGCUUUUUGUUUUAGUGAACAGAACACCAGAAAAUAUGGUGCUCCAGAAGAUCAUCUUGCUUGAUAUCUAUAUGUUAGAAGGAAAGACAAAUUAUAUUUCUUAUUCUAUAAUGUUAUGCAUACAGUUAGACUUCUGUUAUGGCAGAGGCACAAAGACUAUAGAAAAACCCCAUUGGAAUUUUGAAUUAGGGCAGAUUAAUACGACAAUAUAAAGGAAUUCUGAUAAUAGAAAUAAUAGAGUUAUAUUAAAAGCUUUUUAAAUACAAAGCAUUAAUUUACAAUUGCUACUUCAGUGGGUAAGUCAGACUUUUUGCUUAUUUAGAAAUUGUUCAUCCAAGGAUGAGAAAUCAGAUGGGAGAUGAAAAAGGCUGUUUGUAUACUAUAUGAAUAAGAAUUGCUAACUAAAAAUGUUGGAACAACACUAAUACUAUAAUCUAUUUGAAAUAGUUAAUUUAAAAGCCUUAAUUUUCUUUACAGUAUCUCUUUUCAUAUGGUAUGGUACAGGUAGUCCUCAAGUUAGGACCACAACUGAGCCCAAAAUUUCUGUUGCUAACCGAGACAAUUGUUAAGUGAAUUUUGCCCCAUUUUACGACCUUUCUUGCAAUAGUUGUUAAGUGAAUCACCAUAGUUGUUAAGUUAGUAACAUAGUUGUUAAGUGAAUCUGGCUUCCCUCUUGACUUUGCUUUUCAGAAGGUCACAAAAAGUGAUCACAUGACAUCAGGAAACUACAGCCAUCAUGAGUCAGUUGCCAAGCACCGGAAUUUUGAUCACGUGACUGUGGAAAUGCUAUAAUGGCUGUAAGUGUGAAAAACUGUCAGAAACCACUUUCUUCAGUGGUUGUAACUUCAAACAGUCACUGAAUGAACUGUUGUAAGUCGAGGACUACCUGUACUUGAUUGGAUGCAGAUUUACCUAUUAAAUAAACAACAUAUCCAGAAAAACUCCAAAGGCUGAAUUCUGAUAACUACUUCAAAUUUUAAUUUGAAAGUUAAUUUUAGUUGCCAGUCUGCAAAACGUCACUCUUUUUUAAAGGACUGCACUCAGAUGGAAAUUGAUAUGCACAUAGUAGCUAGAAUAAUCAAAAUGUUAAGUUUAUUCUGAUUUGAAUAUUUUGUAAGGCAUUAUGAGUCGUAGCAAUAUGAUUGUGUAUACCUUUCCAGACUUGUGCAUUCUGUACUGCUUUGCAACUUUGCUUUAAACACCUGGACUAUUUAUAUGCUAUAAGGAAUGGUUUCAUCACCCUUUAUUGAACUUAAUAAUUGUUCUGACCACAGUAUUAUUUUCUCUAAAAUACCAGUGCAAUAGGUACUGAAUGUACUAGAUGCAGCCUCAUGUAUAGUUUUGGAGGAGGAUGUAGUUGAUUUUUUAUUGUUCUAGUAUUUAUUUUGGCUGUCUGAAUGUAGUUGGGCAAGAUGGUCAUGGAAACAUCCAUACCUGAUUUUCCAAACAAAUUAUUUUUUAUUUUAUUUUUUUGCUAGGACAUUGGUAUCCUAGAUACAGUGCUUAUGUUUAUUUUUUUCUAUCGGUGAUAACCAGCUUAAGUUAUUGGAGAGCGUCUAACUCAAAUCUGGAAAAGAUAGAAUUUAAUAAAGGAUCUAACCUACAUUUGAAAUGUAUUUUACAAGUACGAUCAAGAGUGGAAAGUGAGUUAGUAUUGUUGUUGCAGCAUGUUCGAACUGCCCUUAAAUGUGUUUAUGGGUUGAGAAUCCUGGACUGGUAUGAAGUCUCUAGUUCAAAUACUUCUCAGUCAAUGUGGUUGGAUGGGUGAAGUGUUUAAAAAUUUGCUCUGAGGCCACUCGUGAUUUUUUAUUUCUUUUUUUCAUACUUUUCCUACUUUUUUAAGGUAUGAGACCCCCAGAGUCUACCUAUAAAUUGUACAGAUAAAAAAUCCUCCAAUUAUAAAGAGGAUUCUACUUUUAUUCUACUGAUAAAAAUACCAUUUUUAGAGACCUAGACUCAACGGAAAAAGACUAGAGACAGUCAAGUAUCUUAUUUCUGCAUGAGUCUGGGAAAAAAAUGAGCUCGCUUCUUUUCUUUUUCAAAGCCUUCACAGUGUUGAUAUGUAACAUAAAGCAGAACAUUCUUUAGAAUCAUUCUUAAAAGUAUCAUCUAACAUUUCUUUAUUAAACACUUUCUGCUAGGCAGGUCAAUAUUCAGUUUAACAGACAUAGCAAAGAAGAUAUGUUAGUUUUAAUUGAAUGUCUGUUAGUGUUACAUAGAAAAGGAUAACUCUACAGUUUUGAAUAGAUGGAAAAAGUUGUAAUGUAUUUUCCAGACACAUUCGUCCAAGACAGCAUUGUAGAGUGGAAGAUAUAGGUAUAAUGACUUGCUCCUAUAAUUCCAGGUAAUGGUCAGAAGAUAUUUUCAUCCUGUCUGGUACUUUAGCCAUUGAGAUUGCAGCUCUUUAACAAAAGAUAGUACAAGCAUUUUACACCAUACUCUGAAAGCAAAAGUAACCAUUUUUUCCAUGUAAUUUUCUUAACCUAUCUUAGCUUUCCAUUUCUUUCUUGCAUUAUUCAUGCUUUUAAGAUUUCUCCCUCAAUAGUAGAAAUGAAAGAUUUCCUGUAAUAUCACAGCAGUGCAGUUCAGUGUUGAUUGGAGGCUUUUGGGUGGAAAGUAACAAACUGUACACUUGCAGAGAAUGUAGUUACUAGAUGUCAACUGUUUUUAGGUAGUUUUCAUCUACAUAUUACUUUUGGCAGUCUUAACAUAAUUGAUUUUUUGAAUGACUACAUUCUUUUUUAGAAAUUUGAAACAAUUAUAAUACAUUUGGCUAAUUUUAGGUUCAUUUGUUUGAUACAGUAACUUGAACCAUGUAACAGUAACUUUCUUGUAAUUUUUAAGCAACAGCAUUAAAUGGCGAUAGGAUUUGUUUCAAUUAUUUUUAAGGCUGUUGUUUUGGAACUAAUUAAGCAGGUGAAGUAACUCAUCUCAGUUAUAUAUAACUUGAAAUGUAAUUGGAUCAUGUAUUAGAUGAGGAAUUGUGUUCCAGUAAAAUGGGUUGUUAUUCGAACAGGCUAGAACUUCUGUAAGUAACAAAAUUGUCAUGCUUAUCAAUCUUCUUUCUAGGAAUAGCUGGAUAAUGCUGUAGAUCUCCUAUAUGUGCCAUUUUGGAAUGACAAGAUCUAUGCUUUUACAAUUUCGGAUAUAUAGAAGAUGUAUUUCCAUGUACAGACUGUAUAUUGAAAAUAAACAUGCAUACAAACAAA